CGGCGGGGCGCGGCGAUGGCCGGCGGCGGGGCGCGCCCCGGGGCAGCCCGGCUGCGGCUCCCAGCCCCGUGAUGCACGUCCCUGCAGGACCUGAGUGCCUGGGCCCGAGGCCCCGGCCCGCCAUGCCGCUGCCUCGUCUGAGCCCACGGGCAUUACUGAUGCUGCUGCUGCUGCUGGGGAGUGCACAGGCGGCGGUGGCAGGUGUGCCCGGGGCAGCCGGGGGUCUGCGGCCCACCUUCCGCACCUUUGCUGCCAGUGACUGGGGCCUCACGCACCUGGUGGUCCACGAGCAGACGGGCGAGGUGUACGUGGGUGCGGUGAACCGCAUCUACAAGCUGUCGGGGAACCUGACGCUGCUGCGGGCCCACGUGACGGGCCCCGUGGAGGACAACGAGAAGUGCUACCCGCCCCCCAGCGUGCAGUCAUGCCCGCAUGGCCUGGGCAGCACCGACAACGUCAACAAGCUGCUGCUCCUGGACUACGCGGCCAACCGCCUGCUGGCCUGCGGCAGUGCCUCCCAGGGCAUCUGCCAGUUCCUGCGGCUGGAUGACCUCUUCAAGCUGGGCGAGCCACACCACCGCAAGGAGCACUACCUGUCGAGCGUGCGUGAGGCGGGCAGCAUGGCGGGCGUGCUGAUCGCCGGGCCGCCCGGCCAGGGCCAGGCCAAGCUCUUCGUGGGCACGCCCAUCGACGGCAAGUCGGAGUACUUCCCCACGCUGUCCAGCCGCCGGCUCAUGGCCAAUGAGGAGGAUGCCGACAUGUUUGGCUUUGUGUACCAGGACGAGUUUGUGUCGUCGCAGCUCAAGAUCCCCUCGGACACGCUGUCCAAGUUCCCGGCCUUCGACAUCUACUACGUUUACAGCUUCCGCAGUGAGCAGUUUGUCUACUACCUCACCCUGCAGCUGGACACGCAGCUGACCUCGCCCGAUGCCGCCGGCGAGCACUUCUUCACCUCCAAGAUCGUGCGGCUGUGCGUGGAUGACCCCAAGUUCUACUCCUAUGUCGAGUUCCCCAUUGGCUGCGAGCAGGCAGGCGUGGAGUACCGCCUGGUGCAGGACGCCUACCUGAGCCGGCCCGGCCGCACCCUGGCCCGCCAGCUGGGCCUGGCCGAGGACGAGGACGUUCUGUUCACCGUGUUCGCGCAGGGCCAGAAGAACCGCGUGAAGCCGCCCAAGGAGUCCGUGCUGUGCCUCUUCACACUCAGGGCUGUCAAGGAGAAGAUCAAGGAGCGCAUCCAGUCCUGCUACCGCGGGGAGGGCAAGCUCUCACUGCCCUGGCUGCUCAACAAGGAGCUGGGCUGCAUCAACUCGCCCCUGCAGAUUGACGACGACUUCUGCGGGCAGGACUUUAACCAGCCUCUAGGGGGCACGAUCACCAUUGAGGGCAGACCCCUGUUUGUGGACAAGGAUGACGGGCUGACGGCCGUGGCUGCCUAUGACUACCAGGGCCGCACCGUGGUGUUCGCUGGCACGCGCAGUGGCCGCAUCCGCAAGAUCCUGGUGGACCUGGCGAACCCUGGUGGCCGGCCAGCCCUGGCCUAUGAGAGUGUGGUGGCUCAAGAGGGCAGCCCCAUCCUGCGUGACCUGGUCCUCAGCCCUGACCGCCAGUACCUCUAUGCCAUGACGGAAAGGCAGGUGACGCGGGUGCCUGUGGAGAGUUGUGUGCAGUACACAUCGUGCGAGCUGUGCCUGGGAUCACGGGACCCCCACUGCGGCUGGUGUGUCCUGCACAGCAUCUGCUCGCGCCAGGAUGCCUGUGAGCGGGCAGCUGAGCCCAGGCGCUUUGCUGCAGACCUGCUGCAGUGUGUGCAGCUGACUGUGCAGCCUCGCAAUGUUUCCGUCACGAUGUCCCAGGUCCCGCUCGUGCUGCAGGCCUGGAAUGUGCCCGACCUGUCGGCCGGGGUCAACUGCUCCUUUGAGGACUUCACUGAGUCUGAGAGUAUCCUGGAGGACGGCCGGGUCCACUGUCGCUCGCCCUCUGCUCGAGAAGUGGCACCCAUCACACGGGGCCAGGGAGACCAGCGGGUGGUGAAGCUGUACCUGAAAUCCAAGGAGACGGGCAAGAAGUUUGCGUCUGUGGACUUCGUCUUCUACAACUGCAGCGUCCACCAGUCCUGCCUGUCAUGUGUCAACGGCUCCUUCCCCUGCCAUUGGUGCAAAUACCGCCAUGUGUGCACGCACAAUGCCGCGGAUUGCGCCUUCCUGGAGGGCCGCGUCAACAUGUCCGAGGACUGCCCGCAGAUCCUGCCCUCCACCCAGAUCUACGUGCCAGUGGGCGUGGUAAAGCCCAUCAGCCUGGCCGCUCGGAACUUGCCGCAGCCGCAGUCGGGCCAGCGAGGGUACGAGUGCCUUUUCCACAUCCCAGGGAGCCCGGCGCGCGUCACAGCCCUGCGCUUCAACAGCUCCAGCCUGCAGUGCCAGAACUCCUCGUACUCCUAUGAGGGCAAUGACAUCAGCGACUUGCCUGUGAACCUGUCGGUGGUGUGGAACGGCAACUUUGUCAUAGACAACCCUCAGAACAUCCAGGCCCACCUCUACAAGUGCCCGGCCCUGCGGGAGAGCUGCGGCCUCUGCCUGAAGGCUGACCCACGCUUCGAGUGCGGCUGGUGCGUCGCUGAGCGCCGCUGCUCCCUGCGCCCCCACUGCCCCGCCGACUCGCCCGCCGCCUGGAUGCACGCCCGCCAUGGCAGCAGCCGCUGUACUGACCCCAAGAUCCUGAAGCUCUCCCCUGAGACGGGCCCCCGUCAGGGAGGCACGCGGCUCACCAUCACGGGCGAGAACCUGGGUCUGCGCUUCGAGGACGUGCGGCUGGGCGUGCGCGUGGGCAAGGUGCUGUGCAGCCCCGUGGAGAGCGAGUACAUCAGCGCUGAGCAGAUUGUCUGUGAGAUUGGAGACGCCAGCACGGUGCGGGCCCACGAUGCCCUGGUAGAGGUGUGCGUGCGGGACUGCACCCCCCAGUACCGUGCGCUGUCGCCCAAGCGCUUCACCUUUGUGACUCCAACUUUCUACCGUGUGAGCCCUGCCCGAGGGCCUCUCUCGGGUGGCACCUGGAUUGGCAUCGAGGGCAGCCACCUGAACGCAGGCAGUGACGUGGCUGUGUCUGUCGGCGGCCGGCCCUGCUCCUUUUCCUGGAGGAAUUCCCGAGAGAUCCGGUGCCUCACGCCCCCAGGGCAGAGCCCCGGCAGCGCCCCCAUCGUAGUCAACAUCAAUCGUGCUCAGCUCACCAACCCUGAGGUGAAGUACAACUACACCGAAGACCCCACCAUCCUGAAGAUCGACCCGGAGUGGAGCAUCAGCAGCGGAGGGACCCUCCUGACGGUCACAGGCACGAACCUGGCCACUGUCCGUGAACCCCGCAUCCGGGCCAAGUACGGAGGCGUCGAGAGGGAGAACAGCUGCCUGGUGUACAACGACACCACCAUGGUGUGCCGGGCCCCGUCGGUGGACAACCCUGCCCGCAGCCCGCCUGAGCUGGGGGAACGGCCUGAUGAGCUGGGCUUCAUCAUGGACGACGUGCGCUCGCUGCUCGUGCUCAACGCCUCCUCUUUCCUCUACUACCCUGACCCCGUGCUGGAGCCGCUCAGCCCCACGGGCCUCCUGGAGCUGAAGCCGAGCUCUCCGCUCAUCCUCAAGGGCCGGAACCUCCUGCCACCCGCGCCCGGCAACUCGAGGCUCAACUACACAGUGCUCAUCGGCUCCACACCGUGCGCCCUCACCGUGUCGGAGACGCAGCUGCUCUGCGAGUCGCCCAACCUCACCGGGCAGCACAAGGUCACGGUGCGGGCCGGUGGCUUUGAGUUCUCACCGGGCACGCUGCAGGUGUACUCCGACAGCCUGCUGACCCUGCCCGCCAUCGUGGGCAUCGGUGGGGGCGGGGGCCUCCUGCUGCUGGUCAUCGUGGCUGUGCUCAUCGCCUACAAGCGCAAGUCACGUGAUGCUGACCGCACCCUCAAGCGGCUGCAGCUCCAGAUGGACAACCUGGAGUCCCGCGUGGCCCUCGAGUGCAAGGAAGCCUUUGCAGAGCUGCAGACGGAUAUCCACGAGCUGACCAAUGACCUGGACGGUGCCGGGAUCCCAUUCCUCGACUACCGGACGUACGCCAUGCGGGUGCUCUUCCCCGGCAUCGAGGACCACCCUGUGCUCAAGGAGAUGGAGGUGCAGGCCAACGUGGAGAAGUCGCUGACACUGUUCGGGCAGCUGCUGACCAAGAAGCACUUCCUGCUGACCUUCAUCCGCACGCUGGAGGCCCAGCGCAGCUUCUCCAUGCGGGACCGCGGGAACGUGGCCUCGCUCAUCAUGACAGCCCUGCAGGGCGAGAUGGAGUACGCCACGGGCGUGCUCAAGCAGCUGCUGUCUGACCUCAUCGAGAAGAACUUGGAGAGCAAGAACCACCCCAAGCUGCUGCUGCGGCGAACUGAGUCGGUGGCGGAAAAGAUGCUGACCAACUGGUUCACCUUCCUUUUGUACAAAUUCCUCAAGGAGUGCGCGGGGGAGCCGCUCUUCAUGCUCUACUGCGCCAUCAAGCAGCAGAUGGAGAAAGGCCCCAUCGACGCCAUCACAGGUGAGGCGCGCUACUCGCUGAGCGAGGACAAGCUCAUCCGGCAGCAGAUUGACUACAAGACGCUGACCCUGAACUGUGUGAACCCCGAGAAUGAGAACGCACCCGAGGUGCCGGUGAAGGGGCUAAACUGCGACACAGUGACGCAGGUCAAAGAGAAGCUGCUGGAUGCCGUGUACAAGGGCGUGCCCUACUCCCAGCGGCCCAAGGCUGCGGACAUGGACCUGGAGUGGCGCCAGGGCCGCAUGGCGCGAAUCAUCCUGCAGGAUGAGGACGUCACCACCAAGAUCGACAACGACUGGAAGAGGCUGAACACGCUGGCUCACUACCAGGUGACAGAUGGGUCCUCGGUAGCCCUGGUGCCCAAGCAGACGUCUGCCUACAACAUCUCCAACUCUUCCACCUUCACCAAGUCCCUCAGCAGAUACGAGAGCAUGCUGCGCACAGCCAGCAGCCCCGACAGCCUGCGCUCGCGCACGCCCAUGAUCACACCCGACCUGGAGAGUGGCACCAAGCUGUGGCACUUGGUGAAGAACCAUGACCACCUGGACCAGCGAGAGGGCGACCGCGGCAGCAAGAUGGUCUCGGAGAUCUACCUGACGCGGCUGCUGGCCACCAAGGGCACGCUGCAGAAGUUUGUGGAUGACCUCUUUGAGACCAUCUUCAGCACGGCGCACCGGGGCUCGGCCCUGCCCCUGGCCAUCAAGUACAUGUUCGACUUCCUGGACGAGCAGGCCGACCAGCACCAGAUACACGAUGCGGAUGUGCGCCACACCUGGAAGAGCAACUGCCUGCCCCUGCGCUUCUGGGUAAACGUAAUCAAGAACCCGCAGUUCGUGUUCGACAUCCACAAGAGCAGCAUCACAGACGCCUGCCUAUCAGUCGUGGCCCAAACCUUCAUGGAUUCCUGCUCCACGUCCGAGCACAAGCUGGGCAAGGACUCCCCCUCCAACAAGCUGCUCUACGCCAAGGACAUCCCCAACUACAAGAGCUGGGUGGAGAGAUAUUACGCUGACAUUGCCAAGAUGCCCGCCAUCAGCGACCAGGACAUGAGCGCCUACCUGGCCGAGCAGUCGCGGCUGCACCUGAGCCAGUUCAACAGCAUGAGCGCCCUGCACGAGAUCUACUCCUACAUCACCAAGUACAAGGACGAGAUCCUGAUGGCCCUGGAGAAGGAUGAGCAGGCGCGGCGGCAGCGGCUCCGGAGCAAGCUGGAGCAGGUGGUGGACACAAUGGCCCUGAGCAGUUGAGCCCCUGGCCGCCACUGCCCGGCAGGAGUCGAGCAAAGAGCCCGCAGUGUGGCCUCCAGCCAGCCGGCAGCCACAGCCGGGGGGUCCGCGGAGGCAGCCUCGCCCCAGCUGUGCAGCACCCGUGCACCUGGGCCAGUGCGCAGCCCCGUCCUCUGUCCCCCAUCCCGCCCGUGGGCCCGGUCCUCAUUGUGUGGAUGCCACGGCAUCUGCAGCCCCCUCCGGCUGAGCUGCUGGCCACAGGGCUGGGGGCCCGGGUGCAGCCGGGGCCUUGUCAGGAGGCUAGGGUGAACACUGAGGCCCUGGGGGAGGCUGGAGCCCUUUGGGAAGGGGGAAGCCAGUCUGGUCCAUCUGCUCGAGGCCGGAAGGGCCUAGGAGAAGGGCUACAGGGGGUCAGCUGUUUCCAGCUUCCAGGGCAGAGUCUGAGGCCGGGGUCCGGCCAGCAGCCCCCAGGAGACUGAGUGCCCAGGCCCAGCCGUCGCUGCCACCUGCUCCGUCUGGCACCCCACCUCACUGCUGCGCCCCGCCACCAUCCUCCGAUUCACCGCGUGCUCUCCGCGGAGGCCGGAGCGCCACGUCGACCUCGCCCUGAGAGGCCCAGCUCCCUCCUGUGGAGGGCUGCAGGACGCUCUGCUCACAGCUCCGGGUGACUUCCAGGACUCGCAGGUCCCUUUCUGUCCUCAGGGCUGUGUCUCUGGGAGCCACUGGGGCCUGGGGCUGUGGGUCAGGAGCGCACAUUCCCGUUAUUUAUUCCCCCGCCCCCCGCGCCCGCUGGUCAGCCGUGGAGGCCUCCAGAGCAGCCCUGUCGCCCUGCUCCCUCCCCGUCUGCCCUGCUCUCCAUGCCCACCUUCCAGUGCUCCCAGUCUGGCCUCUCAGCAGCGUGCUCGCCCCUCAAGAGCAGGGGACAACUGGGGACCGAGUGUUUAGGUUGAACAGAGACAGCUUGCUGGGCCACCUGCUGGUCUGGCUCGGUGGGGGACGCAGUGACCAGAGGGCCUGGAGGCGGGCUCCGUCCACCCUGCCCUCGGAGCACGAGAGAAGAGUGUUUUGAUUAAAAACACCUGUACAUAUAUGUAUAUCUUCGCGGCUCCAGCCCCGGCGGGGUCCUGUGUGGCUGCCUGGAGGAGGAGAGGUGUCACACACGGUUUAGAGUAAGAACAGCGAGGCGGUGGGAAAGCAACUCCAAGCAGCGGUGGCGAAGGUGGCCGCAGUGUCCGCGUGGAGCGCCCCGAGGCCUCUGCCCGGACCUUCGACCUGGGUCAUCACCGUGUUUUCGUUUUCCUGUACAAGAGGAGAGAGCUGCUCCCCCGGGGCGGCCAAGGGUCCCUGCAUGACUGUGCUGGCGUUUGGUCUGACUUGAUCUUUUUAAAACUGCAAGUGUUGAAUACUAGAGGCUGUUAGACCCUUUGUUAUGUUUUUUAAUUAAUUAGUCAUUUGUGAAAGCAAAUAAGCGGCCCGUCCCCUCUUCAAGUUCCCUUUUUUGAUGGUACUAAAGUUUCCCACGGACUUUAAGGGACAGCUAACUGUGGCCGGCCCCCUGAGCAGCGCUGGCCACACCCCUGGAGAGCAGGUCUGCUGUUCCGCGGCGGGGGCAGCGUGGAGUCUGAGGACAGACUCAGGAACCUCCUGAACCCGGCAGCGGGGACCCUGGGCCCUGGGCACUGCUGCAGACGCCCAGCUGGAGCUCGGGCCGGCCCUGUCCACUGCGGCAGGGGGGCCCCCUCCCUGGGCAGCCAGAGCUCAGGCCGGGCCAUCUAGAGGUCAGCAGUCUUUGGUUGCCGCUGGGUUGGCCUGGAUCCUUCCACGGGUGUACCCCCAUCUCCCCUCUGAUGCCACCUGGCCCUGCCGGGGUGCAAGCCUCGGUUUCCCCCGAAGUCUUCCCUGGUUGCUGGCUUCCCACUGAAGCCCCUGUUCUUCCAGUCCCACGCUGGUGAGGGUGGGGCUCCUCAGCCCCUGCGCUGCCCUCUUCCGAUUCCAGUCCCAGCCCCCCUUCCUGACCUCCCUGGCCCCUGCAGAGAGCCAGGCCCCUCCUCACGCCCUUGUCACGUGGGCGGUUGUCAGGCCACCAGUGGGGACAGAGGAGGGGCGCCCACCCAGCCCUGCAGGGCGUGUGGUCCUCCGCAGAGCACGCGCCAUGCCAGGAGCAAGCACUUUAGCAGUACUGUUUACACGCAAGCUGGCCGAGCUGACGCUGAGCCUGCCCUACCCGUGCGGCAGGCCCGCCCCUUCCUCCCUGCGGGUCGGGGACACAGGCUCUGAGCUCUCCUGUCGCUGUUCCCGCACUCCUCCCAGCCCUGUAGCACCGUAGGCGCUGGCCCAGGCCUCCCACCGUCACCUCUGGGCGUCCUCCUUCCAGGGGCUCCAACCUGGGCUCUGGCACUGGCCUGAGGGUGUGUGGGGGCCCAGCAGGAGCCUGGGAUCGGAGCCCCGCUCUGCGCAGUGAGGGUGGGUGCGAUCGUCCCGAAAGCCCCUCUGCAGCUCCAGGGCUCAGGGUGCUGUGCAAGAACGCCCAGUUGCCCAAACGGCGCUGCUGUCACCUGCCUGCGCGGGCCGCGCCUCCCUUCCCUCCCCCACGCGUCUCAGGAGGACCAGGGGCAGCUCACACCUGCUUGGGAGCCUGGCCUCUCCAUAUACCUCGAGCUUGUCUGCACUCCCCUGCCCAGGGCUGCUGGCCCCGCCUGCUUCCCCCUGGCCUGAGGAGCCAGGCUGUGCGAGAGGCCCCUGGGUGCCCGAGCCAGAGCGCCCCCAGCGCACCCCCUGGUUUUUUCCCAGUUCUGGAUCUGGUGGCUCACAUAGUUGGUGCUACACAGGCUAGAAUAGAUAUAUUUAGAGAGAGAGAGAUAUUUUUACGAUGAAGCCCACAGUUAGCUGUCCUUUAAUGCCGCAGAGCCCCCACCCAAAAGAAGAGAGAUGCUCGGCCGGCCUGAGCGCCCGCGGCUGUGGCUCCCACAGGAGCAGUGUGGCCGACGGGGCGCUCACCGAUUCUGUAAAUAGAUGACUAUUUCCUACUUUACUGUUCUUCAGAUUUAGUACUUGUAAAUACACACACACAUUAAGGAGAGAUUAAACAUUUUUGCUAAA